AUGAGGCCCGUUAGGCCCAUUAAGAUAGAGAUUAAAACUACAAAAGAAAAGCCUUUAAACUCACGAGUCGUCACCACCACUUCCCGUCCUUUAUUUCUCUACACUCACUGGUUCCGAAGCCCUAAACGUUUCAAGGUCGCCGAUUCAUCACCACCGAAGAAUCCGUUUCUUACUUUUUUCCCGUUCACUCACAUGGCGGAGGAAGAGGUUAUGACUUUCCCUGUGCAGCCGUCCGACCUCAAGCGCAAGCUUGAAGAUGUUGAAUCGGAGGUCCUCGAGAAGCACGCCGGCUCAAUUGAUGGUUCUAAUGAAGUUUCAGUAGAUGACGGCGAAAAAGCUUCUGAUUGUUCUCAGACGAAGCGAAUUAAGCUCAGCGAUUCGGCUGCCGAUGGAUUAGGUAUUGUGAAAACUGAAGAAAGUGUUAAAGAAUCAAUGGAAGAGGGAACUGGGAAACCCACUGAGGAGAAAGAUGAGAACCAAGAUGUCAAACCUCUAAUUGAGAAAGCUCAGGAGCUCAUUCACACCGAUGAAUCUGAAGUUAAGAUGGAUGAUGUAAAGGUUGAAGAUAACCAACCAGCUUCUGCUGAGGCUGCAACCUCACAGGAAGUUUCCGUUGAAGAAAGUAAGGAGGUGAACAUUAGUGGUUCUCAGAAGGAAGCUGAUGACAGUAGUAAGGAAACGAAUGAAGUUGAAAACGAAGUCAAUGAUGGUGGCUCUCAGAAGGAAGAUGACAAUGAAAAUAAGGAAUCAAUUGCUGGGAAGGAGAAUGGUGAGGACAGUAAGGAAGUGAACGGCAGUGGUUCUCAUGAAGAGACUGGCGACGAAAGUAAAGAAGCUAAUGGUGGCAGUUCUAACAAAGAGGUUGACGAGACUCGACGAAUCGAAGUCCCGAGUUCAAAGGUUGGCACGCUUAUUGGUAAAGGCGGGGAGAUGGUCAGGCAUCUUCAGUUCAAAUCUGGUGCCAAAAUCCAAAUCCGGAGGGAUUCUGAGGCAGAUCCAAAUUCAUCUUUAAGACCGGUGGAGAUAAUUGGAAAAGCUGCUUCUAUCGAGAAAGCAGAGAUGCUUAUCAAUCAGAUUAUAGCAGAGACUGAAGCAGGAGGUGUACCUACCCUUUAUUUAAAGGUCCAAGAACAGUUGGAGAUUAAAGUUCCAAAUGAUAAGGUUGGUGUGAUUAUUGGUCGAGGUGGGGAUACUAUCAAGAGCAUGCAGACAAAGUCAAGAGCUCGCAUUCAGUUAAUACCACAUGAAGAAGGUGAUGGGUCUAAGGAAAGAACUGUCCGUAUUUCUGGUGAUAAAAGGCAGAUUGAAGUAGCUUCCGCAAUGAUAAACGAUGUUAUGUACCAGGAUACAAGGCCAUCACCAUAUUCUAGUGGUUAUAACCAGCCUCCUUACCAACCUCGAGGACCAAAUGGUCCACCUCAAUGGGGCUCGCGUGGUCCUCAUGGGCCCCACUCGAUGCCAUUCAAUUACCAUCAUGGUGGACCGUACCAGUCUCAGGGCUCACAAUACAGACCUCCCAAUUCCGGCGGUUAUCCUUCACAACGUAUGCCUCCUAGAAGUGGAUAUGGUUCUGGUUGGGAACAAAGACCUCCACAUUCUGGUCCAUACGAUUAUUACGGUAGGCAAGGAGCUCCAAGCCCAGGUCCUGUGCCCUCUCAUGGACCUCCUUACUCCCAGUCAGGUUCUCAGCAGAAUUAUGGGCCGCCGAUGUAUGAUCAUCCAAGCUAUGACAACCCUCCAGUCCAGCAACCUUAUGGAUACGGAACCUCCCAACAGGGCUAUCCUCCGGCAGGUGGUCAGCACCAAAUGCAGCAGCCAGCUAGACCUUACGGGAUGCAAGGACCAGCCGAGCAAGGAUAUGGCCCUCCAAGACCAUCAGCGCCUUCUGGGGAUGUGCCUUACCAAGGUCCAGCUCAAGCAGCACCAACGUAUGGUACAAGCAUGGCUCCACAACAGCAAUAUGGCUAUGCAUCAAGCGCGCCUGCUCAGCAAACUUACCCUUCAUACAGCUCUGCAGCACCGACUGAUGGUUACAAUGGCACACAAGCACAAGCACCAGCAGUUGCCCCAGCUUAUGAGCAGCAGCAGCAGCACAGUGCUCAGCCAGCUUCUGGUGCGCAGCAAACUUCAGCUGGGUACGGGCAAGUACCUCCAACCGGUGGUUAUAGUUCAUAUCCCUCUACUCAGCCGGCUUAUGGUAACCCCCCGGCUCAGAGCAACGGAAACUAUGGAUACGGCUCUCAAUACCCUAACUACGGAGGUGGAAACGCAUAUUCCCAGACUGCACCCGUUGGCCAAACUGCAUAUUCCCAGACUGCACCUGCUCAGGUCGGCUAUGAGCAAACCGCAACUCAGUCAACAGGCUAUGCAGCUGCUCCAGGAACAGCACAGUGA